AAGUCACUUCUUCGUCGUCCUCCGUGCAGUGCAAAGUUGAAAUUCGUGAUCGAAAAAAUGAAGAAAACGAUAUUGAUCGUAUCGUGUAUCGUAUUCGUCGCUUCUAUUGUCCACGCAAGCGAUGGAAGCCUCAAUAGAUCAGACUUUAAUUGCAGUGGUCGUGCUUAUCACAACGUUUUUAUGACUGCAUAUUAUCCUGACUACAGUAGCGAUGACGAAUUCGAUUACUUGGACGCCAGAAUGAAGAAACUGAGAAAUCUGCAGGAUUUCCUCGAUGGUCGCACGGAAUUUGUCACCGUCUCCAUGGAUCUAGAUUCGGGAAUACCAUACGGGACAAAAUUAUGCAUACCGGAGCUGAACGCAAAAUUCAAUCGUCAAAUUCCUCUUCAGGCUAGGGAUAAAAGUCAAUACGGCGACGUUGAAACAAAAUCUCCUGACUUUUCUCACGUAGAUAUUUGCGUAAGAACCGAAGAGGACACUUACGAUAAUUCUGUGAACGGUCUCGUAACACUUUACGUAUAAAUGUACGAAACAAAUAAAAUUACAACAGAAACGGAGGACAUUUAUUUAAAAAUGCUUUGUACAAAAUAAUAAUAAAUAUAGUAACAUUUCAUGGUGAUGUGUGUUUCGUAUUUAUG